GAACUUUGAACUUUGAACUUUGAACUUUGAACUUGGUCCUACAAGCUCUUCUCACUACGGUACAACUCACUCUCUCUAAUCCUCAUUACUUGACGGCUACUAUCUUUUCACAUUCCAGUCUCGUCGCAGACCUUGGAAGUAUCCAUCAUGGAUUUAGGAGAUGCAGGCGAUUCACCUUGGGGUGAUGUCCCGUCUCAGUCAGCUUCUAGGGCUCCCACUUUUGACCAACAGGAUAGCUCGCCCAAGCCGCAAGAUGCCGAAUCUUCGCAACAGUCGCAAUCCUCUAUCAAAUCGCCCACCGGCCGUGGCCCCAGGGGACCGAUACGCCGCCUUGUGGCUCAGCCAACAAAGCUUGAAGCUGUCGAUGACCCUCUAGGGCCUUUGGGUCCUUUGGGUGCCAAUGCAGGUCCAGGCGCAGAUGCGCAAGCCGACGAACCACCCGUUCCACCUCAGAAGGAGCAGGUGGUGAUUCGAACAACCAUGCCGCAAACAUCACAAAGGAGAGCAGGGCCUGCGGAUCCUCAUCGCAUCGAAGACGAUGAGCUCGACCGACCCUCCGGCCCAAGACCACCUCCGCCCGUCCAAGCCGCACAGUCGAGCCCGGCGAGAGGUACGAGCCAGCCUAGUGUCAGUGUCGAGCAAGCAGCCAAGCCUAUUUUCCAUAUUACUGUUGGCGACCCGCAUAAGGUCGGAGACUUGACAAGCUCCCAUAUCGUCUAUUCCGUCCGAACCAAGACAACGUCGAAAGGUUAUAAGGAACCUGAGUUUGAGGUUAAACGAAGAUAUCGUGACUUUCUGUGGCUUUAUAACACAAUGCAUGGGAAUAAUCCCGGUGUUGUGGUUCCUCCUCCUCCCGAGAAACAGGCUCUCAACCGUUUCGAGAGUAAUUUUGUAGAGUCUCGCCGAGCCGCUCUAGAGAAGAUGUUAAACAAAAUUGCCGGACAUCCAACGCUACAACACGAUCCUGAUUUGAAGCUAUUUCUAGAAAGCGAUUCAUUUAAUGUCGAUGUCAAGCACAAAGAGCGAAGAGAGCCUAUACCGGGAGAGAGUAAAGGCGUAUUAGGAUCUCUUGGUAUUAAUAUGGGAGGUGGUAGCAAAUUUGUUGAGCAAGAUGAUUGGUUUCACGACCGACGAGUCUAUCUCGAUGCUCUAGAGAACCAGCUCAAAGCAUUGAUGAAAUCCAUGGACACAAUGGUUCAUCAACGCAAGGCUAUGGCCGAAGCAGCUGGAGAUUUCUCUGCAUCGUUGCACGCGCUGUCUACAGUGGAGCUUAGCCCCACGCUUUCCGGACCUCUCGAUGCCUUGUCGGACCUUCAACUCACCAUUCGAGACGUGUAUGAUAGGCAAGCUCAGCAGGACGUGUUGACUUUUGGUAUCACUAUCGACGAAUACAUCCGAUUAAUUGGUAGCGUUAAGCAAGCGUUCUCGCAGCGCCAGAAGGCCUUUUACUCAUGGCACAGCGCCGAGUCGGAACUGCAGAAGCGCAAGGCUUCCCAGGACAAGCUGCUUCGGCAGGGGAGGUCCCAGCAGGACCGCCUUAACCAGGUAGGUGCUGAGGUGGCCGACGCUGAGCGCAAGGUACAUCAGGCCAGACUGUUGUUCGACGACAUGGGCAGAUUGAUGCGCUCGGAGCUUGACCGCUUUGAGAGGGAGAAGGUGGAAGACUUCAAGUCUUCAGUCGAGACAUUCCUGGAGAGUGCCGUUGAGGCGCAGAAAGAAUUGAUCGAGAAAUGGGAGACGUUCCUAAUGCAGCUAGAUGCUGAAGAUGAUGAGACAGUAUUCUAUCGCCCACCUGUCUACCAGAGCAAUGAUAAGUCGACUGGUCGUGGGAAUACGGCAGUGGAUCGGGCGAGGGCUACUAUUAACGACGAUUCGGAUUAAAGCAGGGAGUUGUAUAAUCGCCGCUCAAGGUGCUAGAGUUGAUAUCCUUUAUGCGGAACAUGAACAUGAAUUCAGUAUUUUGGGAUUGCAAUAAGGUGUAUACAGAGUUAUACAGAAGCCAAGGACAGGAAUGCCCCUAUCCA